AUAUUUGGUUUACCGCAACUGCUUGGCACACAUGAUAGAUGGCCGUACAUUUUCUGGUUCACCGUUGUACCGGCGCUGCUGCAAGUUAUCACAUUACAAAUGGUUCCGGAGUCCCCGAAAUUUCACCCUUGUCGUCAGAGGAAAUGUGGACAAAGCGAACGAACCGAUUUAGAGCAAUUAAGAGGAACCAAAGACGUUGGUGCUGAAGUAGAUGCGAUGAAAGAUGAAGCGUCUGCGGCGAAAUCUGCUGCAGCCGAGAAACCUUCGAUGGGCGAUAUGUUCAAAGGAUCGCUAAGGUGGCCUAUGACAAUUGCGAUAAUGCUGAUGCUUGCACAGCAGUUCUCAGGUAUCAACGCCACCAUGUUUUAUUCGACCUUCAUCUUCAAACAAGCUGGCCUUUCGGAUCAGGGAGCCGUAUAUGCCACCAUUGCUAUGGGUACGGUAAACGUGCUGAUGACAAUUGUGUCGGUGUGGUUG